CCAUUGUCAAACAUUAUAAAUUAACAUAAAAGUUGUGCUGUACAACUACUAUCGUAGUGGCGUACUUUCCCACUAACGUACAGCAUUCGGACUCGUAAGAAGCGGGGUAAGAAAUUUGUAAAAUGCGCCCCGCUGUGGUCAUCUGAGGUAAUCUCCAUCGUGGGCUUUACCCGCCAACAGAAUUACUCACGUCAUUGACAAGCCUGCUAGCUUGAGGAGUGGGUAUAGUCCUCAGUGUAUCUGUACCUCCAAACAUGUUUGUUGCACGCAGCAUUGCAGCAGACCAUAAAGAUCUAAUUCAUGAUGUGUCGUAUGAUUUUCACGGUCGCAGAAUGGCGACUUGUUCCAGUGACCAAAGUGUCAAAGUGUGGGACAAAAGUGAAAAUGGAGAGUGGCAUUGCACCGCCAGCUGGAAGACACAUAGUGGAUCAGUGUGGAGAGUGACCUGGGCUCAUCCAGAAUUUGGACAAGUUCUUGCUUCAUGUUCCUUUGACAGGACAGCGGCGGUCUGGGAGGAGAUUGUCGGCGAGUCAAAUGACAAACAAAGAGGAUUGAGCCACUGGAUAAAAAGAACCACCCUUGUGGACAGUCGAACAUCUGUGACUGAUGUGAAAUUUGCCCCCAAACACAUGGGCCUUAUGCUUACCACGUGUUCUGCCGAUGGAGUGGUGAGGAUCUAUGAGGCUCCGGAUGUCAUGAACUUGAGUCAAUGGUCCCUUCAGCAUGAAAUUUCCUGCAAGCUCAGCUGUAGCUGCAUUUCUUGGAAUCCCUCUAGCUCCCGAGCCCACCCACCAAUGUUUGCAGUGGGGAGCGACGACAGUAAUGUGACAUACGGUGGCAAAGUCCAGAUCUAUGAGUAUAAUGAAAACACAAGGAAAUAUGCCAAAGCCGAGACUCUGAUGACCAUCACAGAUGCUGUCCAUGACAUUGCAUUUGCUCCGAACCUGGGACGAUCCUUUCAUAUCCUCGCCAUUGCAACAAAAGACGUCAGAAUCUUUAAACUCGUCCCUUUAAGGAAGGAGAGCACCUCUUCAGGUCCCACCAAGUUAGAGGUGCAGAUUGUUGCCCAAUUUGACAACCACAACUCCCAGGUGUGGCGUGUGAGCUGGAACAUCACGAGCACCUUGCUGGCCUCUUCUGGGGAUGAUGGCUGUGUACGACUAUGGAAAGCCAACUACAUGGACAACUGGAAGUGCACUGGGAUCCUGAAGGGAGAUGGCAGCCCACUAACUGGUUCAUCUGGUCAGCCCACAGCCAUGAGAACUGUUGUGGGCUCCUCCGCUCAGACCUCCCAGAAUGCCCUAAACGGAAUGUCCGCAGGAAGGUAGGUGGUGCGGCUUGCCUGACACCACUCACCCACUGCAACCUGAACCAGUCCAAACUGACAACCCCGGUAAUGCCUCACACUGACUGGGACUAUGACUGCUCACUGACCAAACUCCUGGAGCCAAACUGCUCUUCUGCAAAAAGCUUGGUUUGUGGCUUAACAGCAUACAGGUUGUUGGCAUUCAACCUGGUGUGAGAUUUUUUGUUUGUUUUGUACUGAUGCUUGUUAAUAAUCCCAUGCUUAUAUUUUGCUGUGUAUCCGGGCUAACCACCGUGCUAUGUAAAAUGAAAUAAACCAGUUCAUAUGA